AUGCUUAAAAAGGUAGAUCCUUCAAACUCAGUCUCACAAGCUUACCUGAAGACUAUCAAUCCCUCAAUCGAGACUGGUGUUCUGUUGCAACGAUCUGAAGAGGGUUCUUCCAAGCGGUCGAGACGUUCAAAGAAGGUUGAGGAGAAUCCUUCGAAGCCUAUUCAGGAGAAGAAAUUAUCAAAGUCUCCGAAAAAGAAACCAACAGAAGACGUAGCUGUUUCUAAGCCUCAGGAAACACCAAUUGCACCACAAAUUGAUGAACCCCCAAAGGAAGUGGUUCCUUCGAAAAGUGGGGUGUUCAAGCAAAUCAAGAAUAUUUCCCACAAGUCACGAAGUUCUUCUGACCGAACUCCAAGUUUUUCUCCAAUGAUUUCCAAGCCACAUGUCAUAAGAAAGGGUGUAGUGCUUCGUGAAAUUCUAGUUCCUAUUUCUCCAUCAUCAAAGAAACACAAAGCUGAAGAUAUGGCGAAACACAUUUCGAAGAAAUAG